AUGGAGGUUUGCCAGUCCCUGCUGUUCUUGCUGGCCGUGGAGACACUGUGGACAGCAGGCAACACAUUUGAGACCCACAUCAUUGGGGGUCAAGAGGCAGCCCCACACUCCCACCCAUACAUGGCCUCUCUACAGAAAGCCGGGUCCCAUGUGUGUGGGGGAGUCCUCGUACAUCCAAAGUGGGUGCUGACUGCUGCCCACUGCCUGCUUGAGCCGGUACAGCAGCUGAAGCUGGUGCUUGGCCUGCACCACCUCCGAGACCCGGGCCUCACCUUCCACAUCAAGGCAGCCAUCAAGCACCCUGGUUACAACCCCAACUAUGAAAAUGAUCUGGCGCUGCUAAAGCUGGAGGGGCAGGUGCGGCCCAGCAGGAAUAUCAAACCACUGGCUCUGCCAAGAAAGAGCAGAGCCAGGCCGGCAGAAGGCACUCGGUGCAGCACCGCCGGCUGGGGGAUUACCCACCAAGGUGGGCACCUGGCACGGGCCUUGCAGGAGUUGGAUGUGCGCGUGCUGGACACCCUUAUGUGUAACAACAGCCGCUUCUGGAAUGGUGCCCUCGAGGAAGGCAUGCUGUGUUUGAAGGCUGUGGCCAAGAGCCAAGCACCCUGCAAGGGUGACUCUGGAGGGCCUCUGGUGUGUGGCAAAGGCCAGGUGGAUGGGAUCCUGUCUUUCAGCUCCAAAAACUGCACAGACAUCUUCAAGCCCCCUGUGGCCACCGCUGUGGCCCCCUACAGCCCCUGGAUCAGGAAGGUCAUCCGUCGCUGACCACCCCAGCCUUUGGCCUCAUGUUCCAUAUGACCUAGACACUCUCACUGACUGAGCGGGAAGGAAUUAGAUGUGCCUUUGGGGACCAAUAAAUCAUGAUAUAUCUGUGUUGGAAGCUGUCUUUGUGGGGCUGCAAUCAGAACCAGCUGAACAGCCCCAAGUUCGUACCUGAGUGGGGGUGUGUGGAUGAGGGAAAGGCUAGCUAUAGACAAUA